GUAUUGCUCCGUUUCCGCUCAUUCUGGGGGAGGUUCGUCUUCGAUUUCGGUUCUCCUCAGUCGAUACAAAAGAGAAGGACAAAGCAUGGCGCUGGUUCCGCGUCGCUUAUUCGACCUCGCUUGACACCGCUCGCCAUGGAUCCGGAAGCCGGAGCAGCAGCUCCUCCUCCUCCUCAGAAUCAGGCCAAGCAGAAGCAGAAAGUUUCGUGGAGGUCGGUGCUGCUGCUGGCGUAUCAGAGCCUCGGCGUCGUGUACGGCGACCUGAGCACGUCGCCGCUGUACGUGUACAAGAGCGCGUUCGCGGAGGACAUCCAGCACUCGGAGACGAACGAGGAGAUCUUCGGCGUCCUGUCCUUCGUGUUCUGGACGCUCACCCUCGUCCCCCUCCUCAAGUACGUCUUCAUCGUGCUCAGGGCCGACGACAACGGCGAGGGCGGCACGUUCGCUCUCUACUCCCUGCUGUGCCGGCACGCCCGGGUCAACUUCCUGCCGAGCUGCCAGGUGGCGGACGAGGAGCUCUCCGACUACAAGAAGGACGGCGCCGGCUCGUCCCCGAAGACGAGCUUCGGAUCGAGGCUCAAGUCGGCGCUGGAGAGGCGCCGGGUGCUGCAGAGGCUCUUGCUCAUCUUGGCCUUGAUCGGGACUUGCAUGGUGAUUGGCGAUGGUGUCCUCACGCCGUCUAUUUCAGUAUUUUCAGCGGUGUCGGGUCUUGAACUUUCGAUUGCCAAGGAGCAUCACAAAUAUGUAGAAGUUCCGGUUGCAUGCGUCAUACUAAUAGGCUUGUUUGCUCUUCAACAUUACGGUACCCACAGGGUUGGAUUCUUGUUUGCUCCAGUGGUUGUGCUAUGGCUUUUCUGCAUCAGUGCCAUAGGCUUAUACAAUAUUUUUCAUUGGAAUCCUCAUGUGUACCAAGCACUGUCUCCGUAUUACAUGUACAAAUUCUUGAGGAAAACUCAACGGGGAGGUUGGAUGUCCCUUGGUGGGAUCUUGUUGUGUAUAACAGGUUCUGAAGCUAUGUUUGCCGAUCUUGGACACUUUUCCCAACUGUCAAUUCAGAUCGCAUUCACCUCUGUGGUUUAUCCGUCCCUGAUUCUUGCAUACAUGGGACAAGCUGCCUACCUAUCUAAGCAUCAUGUAGUUGAUACUGACUACAGAAUCGGGUUUUAUGUUUCUGUGCCAGAAAAACUGAGAUGGCCUGUACUGGGAAUAGCCAUACUUGCUGCUGUUGUUGGCAGCCAAGCUAUUAUCACCGGAACCUUUUCAAUUAUUAAACAGUGUUCUGCUCUGGGCUGCUUUCCAGGAGUUAAAAUUGUGCAUACAUCAUCAAAAAUUCACGGUCAGAUUUACAUCCCAGAAAUUAAUUGGAUCUUGAUGGUAUUAUGCUUGGCUGUCACUAUUGGUUUCAGAGACACAAAAAGCUUGGGUAAUGCAUCAGGUUUGGCAGUUAUAACGGUUAUGUUGGUUACCACCUGUCUAAUGUCCCUAGUCAUCGUCCUAUGCUGGCAUCAGAGCGUUGUGGUCGCAAUUGCGUUCGUAUUUUUCUUUGGAACAAUUGAAGCGCUCUACUUCUCCGCUUCUCUUGUCAAGUUCCUUGAAGGAGCAUGGGUACCAAUUGCCCUGGCAUUCGUCUUCCUUAUUGUGAUGUGUAUCUGGCACUAUGGCACUCUCAAAAAGUAUGAGUACGAUGUUCAAAACAGGGUCUCUGUCAACUGGCUUAUGAGCUUGGGUCCCAGCCUCGGCAUUGUACGUGUGCGGGGGAUUGGGUUAGUCCACACAGAGCUCGUGUCGGGGAUUCCUGCAAUAUUCUCCCAUUUUGUCACCAAUCUUCCAGCUUUUCAUCAGGUACUAGUGUUUCUCUGCAUUAAAUCUGUCCCUGUUCCACAUGUUAGGCCAGAGGAACGGUUUCUCGUGGGCCGCAUCGGUCCCAGGGAGUUUAGGCUCUAUAGGUGCAUCGUACGGUAUGGAUAUAGGGACAUCCACAAGGACGACUUGGAAUUCGAAAAUGAUCUGGUUUGUAGCAUUGCGGAGUUUAUACGCACUGGAAGUGCAGGACCCUGCGGUGCAAAUGAAGAUAACUUGAAGGACGAGGACAAAAUGACUGUUGUAGGAACUUCUGCUACCCAUGCUGAUGGGAUUCAAAUGAGCGAGGACAAUGUUGAUGAUGUUGGAGUUGCAGGAUCAUCGAGGAGGGAGAUACGAUCGCCGCCAUUGAUCAAGCCAAGGAAAAAGAGAGUGCGGUUUAUCGUGCCAGAGAGUCCAAAGAUUGAUGUGGAAGCACGAGACGAGCUGCGGGAACUGAUGGAAGCAAGGGAAGCUGGAGUUUCCUACAUAUUGGGACACUCGUACGUGAGAGCGAAGCAAGGUUCGAGCUUUUUUAGGAAGAUGGUAAUUAACUUAGGGUACGACUUUUUGAGCAGAAAUUGCAGGGCACCCACCAACGCAUUUAGUGCGCCUCAUGCCUCAACUUUGCAGGUAGGCAUGGUCUACCCUAUUUAAUUUUGGCAUUAUUCAGAUGUAUGUAUAUAAGGAAUUGCAAUAUCAAAAGGAAAGAUGAAAAGAAAGCCUGGAAAAAAGAGGAAAAUGAAAUCUUCUAUCCAGUUCAGUUUUGGCCAAAUAAUGCGCGAGAAGAGACGAUGAGCAUGCUACUUGGGCGAUGCGAUGAUGGUCGGCGUAGACGGCCAAACAAAUUUUUCGUGUAGAGUUUUGGGAAAUUUCAAACGGUGCGGAUGAUUUUAUACAUCGUAUAAGCUACGCAUCUUUAUAGUAA